AUGAAGAGAUACCGUUCCUCUGUUGUUACGAGAUUAGUGAGGGCGAUCACACUCCGUCCCGAUGCUACCGUGGACCCAGAGAGGUAUCCACUGGGCUACGUGCCUCUUGAUGGAUCCGAGUCGGUUGACAGUGUAUGGUCUCUCGUAAAAAGUGGCGCCUUCGUUGCCCCACUUAGUAAAAUCGAAACCAUUCACAGGGCUCACGUGGGGAUAAGGUAUCUCACGCAGUCGGAGUAUCCUGCUCUUAGUAGUAUUGACGUUGUGGGUUUGCAAACCAGACUAAAGGAGCUAUGUAGUCGCUUGCUUAUACGACGUGAUUUCUGGGUUCUUGAUGAUUACAAUGACCCCGAGCUUAAUUCCAGCUUUGGUAUCCAGAAUAUGUACUUUGAUAACUUCAAGUGGUCUCAAGUUUUAUGGAGAAGGUUUCAGCAGUAUGUGGAGGAGUACUUUCCCGUAGCUGAGCACACCCAUUUGACGUACGAUGAGUACCUCCAGUUGUUGAGAAGUUUUUCUCACUUUGAACAAGGUGCGAAAUUGUUGCCAUUACUACCCAAGCGCUACAGAAUACAUCCACCGUUCGGAGUGCCCGCACUGUCGAGAAUUGACAUGGAGCCCCUCCUGCUGUACAGUCAGUGGUUGAAAAAUUUUAGAGGACCCUUGAAGCUUGACGCGGCUCUCGUAAUCAGGAGUGGUUGUGGGGCUGCGGUAUUUGCAACAAAGUUAAACGGUGUUCCCAUUGUCAGAGGUGUGGAUCCAAACCCCAGGGCGGUGAUGUCAUGUCGUAAAGACGCUCAACGCAUGGGGAGACGGUUUGACUCUAUUAGUUUUCGAGUCGGUGAGAUGUUCCCAGACAAAGAUGAUGGCAACGGAGUGCCCAAUAGCCGCAAAUACGAUAUCAUCGUUUUUUAUCCUGAUCAAGGAUGCUACAACUUAUUCUUUACAAAUGCCAUUGGCGAAUAUGCUCCUGUACUAACCGGAUUUGCGGGGACGUUGGAGCACUUUUUUGAGGAAGCGGGGGACUAUCUUUCAGACUCGGGCGUUAUUGUAUUAUGUUGCACCAACGUCUAUUCUAUUCUGAAACCAACUGAGCCGCACCCUAUUGAAUACGAGAUAAAAGUGAAUCGGAGGUGGGUGUUGUUGGAUUAUUAUGAUAUGCCGGUUAGAGGGAAAGGGACCUUAUCCCACACUCCGACGGACCAUCACUAUCGUAUUCCUAUGGAAAUGAGGAAGUGUAUGCGAAGCGAACUGUGGGUGCUGCACAAAAUGACUUCCAUAGCGCACUUUGCACAUAUUCACAAUAUACCCGGAGCGCAGCCACCGUCUUGUGUCGUAUCGCACUGGAGAAAUAAGGCAAUAGGCAAGCUGAGACGUGCUGUGCUCAAAGGUCAAGUGGAAUCCAGUGGGGGUGACUGGGACGACUACAAAAAACGGCUCGUACACCUACUUCAAGAGCAAAGCGAAAACGACGAAGACGAUAAAGCUCAAGCCAUCCGGAUGGCGAUGGACCCAAAUUACCCAAAGGAACUCGCGGACCGUGCUAGAGCUGCCAUCGAAAAAAAUAUGGAUACUGACAAGGCUUUUCACAACAACGUUGCGAAGGCGUUCGGCGACAUUUCGCCGCGGGAACGCUUUGAUGCUUGCCUUUCGUGUUAUCGUUUUUGA